AUGGCAUGUAAUCACAUCUGUUCCGGUUGUAAUAAUCCUGUUUCUGCAUCGUGCGGUAUAGCUUGUGACCUUUGCAAACAGUUUUCUCACUUCAACUGCCUGGGAAUCAAGCAGGAAGAAAUUAGUACGAUUAAUCGUCUUCAUUUGCAUUCGCCUCACUUAAAAAUUUUGUGUGUGAUUUGCAUCGACGUUUUUAAUACUCCUCCUCUGUCUCCCUCUGAAGCAUCGCCUUUAAAUGCUGAAAAUCCUUUUUUGAAAUAUGUUCACACUAUUGUAUCCCAUGAGCUUAAGCCUAUACGACAUCAAUUAGAAUCUCUGCAGCACUCCAUUAAUACAACUUCGCAUCCUAUUAACGAAAACCUCAGUUAUGCUAAUAAGUUAAAAAAUGCUUCUGAAUGCAGCGUUAUUAUUAAGCCAAAAAACUCGUCCCAAACCGUUAAACAAACCAAGUCAGAUGUUCUCCAUUCUAUUAAACCUCUAUCUUCAGAUAUUGAAAUUAGUAGCGUUAAAUCUGUAUCUAAUGGCGGCCUUGUAAUAAAAUGUGCAAAUAAACUUCACAGCGAGAAACUCUUAGAUAUCGCCAGCAAUAAACUUCCCGAUACUUACAACAUUAAAAAAACACCUCUCAUUCUACCUCGCCUACGCUUUGUUGGUAUCCCCGAAGGUUUGGAUAAAAAUGAUAUUGCAACUUACGCCUUAACUCAAAAUCCGCAUUUGUUUCAUAAAGAUUCCAUUUGUGAAGUUAAAAAAAUUUGGUCUACUUCCAAAUCUGAAAAUACUCUUCAAGCUGAAUGUUUAGUUGAUGCUGAUUCCUACAAAAAACUUCUAGAUACAGGUCAUCUACUUAUAGGCCUCAAUGGUUGCACAGUGUAUGACGCUGUUACAGUUUUGAGGUGUUUCAAGUGUAAUGCCUUUAACCAUGGUUCAAGUCAGUCAAAGAUUAUUAAGUUAAUUAAGAAAAAGGAUUCAUUAUGGAAGAAAUUUAAGAAAUCAGGAUUACUUAGCGAUCGUGAGGAAUUUACACAAUACAGGAAGCUUGUCAAGAAAGAAAUUCGAGUAGCCUACGGAAAUUUUGUGGCUGAAGCUGAAUCAAACAUAAAAUCGGACCCAAAAGAAUUCUGGAAAUUUGUGAAGUUAAAGAAAGGGAACUCGGGUGUCCCUUGCAAUAUGACUUAUUUGAAUAAAACAGUCUCUGGAGUUAACAACAGGGACUCUAUGUCUUACAAUAACUUUUCUGUCACUGAAAUAUCUGAAGACGAAGUGUUCUUAAAAAUAAAAAACUUAAAAUCCAAUAACACUGCGGGUCCCGAUUCCAUUCCUGCUUUUUUGAUCAAAGAUUGCGUCGGAAUUUUUUCUAAGCCACUAACAUACCUCUACAACAUAAUACUGUCAACACAAACUUUUCCUGAUCAUUGGAAAGUAUCCAAAAUUAUCCCCCUCUUUAAAAAAGAUGACAAGUCGGUCAUAGAGAACUACCGUCCUAUUUCUCUUCUGAAUAAUUUCGCUAAGAUCUUUGAAUCUCUUUUGCAUGACACUAUCUAUUACCAGAUUAAACAUCAUUUAAGUGAUGCCCAACAUGGAUUCGUUCAAGGCCGCUCCACAGUUACGAAUUUAAUGACCAUAUCUCAAGAUCUCGCUAGCAAUUUAGACAAUGGCUAUCACACUGAUGUUGUGUACACAGAUUUUUCAAAAGCAUUUGAUCGUUUGGACCAUGCUAUUUUGCUGCGAAAACUCUUAGAAUUCGGUUUUUCUGAAAAAUUAUAUUUACUUUUCACUAGUUACAUUACUGAACGCGUUCCUCAAGGCUCUGUUCUUGGGCCCCUAAUUUUUAACAUUUUUAUAAAUGACGUUGUCAAUGAUAUCAGAUCUUCUGUUCUUCUGUACGCUGACGAUAUGAAACUAUAUCGUCGCAUUACUAGCAUUCAAGACUGUCUAGUUUUGCAAUCGGACCUAGAUAAGGUACAUUCGUGGUGUUCAAAGAAUCUUCUUCAAUUAAACUAUAAGAAAUGUUAUCUUUUAUCGUUCACCUUAUUAAGAGUUUUGAUAGUCUUUGACUACACCCUCAAUAACAACAUUAUUCUGCGACAAUCUCAG